UAGCAAACGAAAACCACGAUCCAUAUCAUUCUCUCUCAGUCGACUGCUAUCUUCGCUUGAGCCUUGCUGACUGAGACGAGUUCUCUGAUUGGAUACCCGCAUCCCGUCACCUUAUCAAUGACCAAUCACGUACAGAGUCUCAUCGUUUCGUCACCAGUCUGCGUGGAGCUGGUCGCAGAGUUUGCGCGCGACCCAAGACUACCAAUUCUUCCAAAAUUUAGUCUGCAAGAGAGACUCGACCGACAACGGACCGCUGACAGUGGUAGCUCAAUCGUAAAUCGGUAUAUGUCAAUGAUUUGCCAGUAACUGUAGCUGCUCGCAGAAAAGGAAAAGGAAAUAAUAAUUUGAUGAUUUUGACAAGGAAUUAAACGGAUAUAUCUUUCAACAUGUACGGCGAGAAAAGCGAUGACGAGCACAAAUACCGGUGCAUCGACCAUGCGAUGACGGCGGCGUUCUUCAAGUUCGGCCAGCUCGUUUCCCGACAUCGUAUCUUCUUUCUCUUGAUGCCGCUCGUGGUCGCCAUCGUGUGCGUUCACGGCAUCACGUGUCUCACCAUUCAGGACGACGUCGUCUAUCUCUUCACGCCUACGGGUAGCCCUGGUCGUGCUGAUGGCGAAGUCUUCAAGACUUAUUUUCCAUCUGGAGACAACGAGACGGAAUUUUUACCCAACCGAGAGCUGAUCGAUCGGCAGACCCGCGGUAGCAUCAUCGUCCGCGAGAAGGAUGACGGCGACGUCCUUUCGACGGCGGCCUUCCGGGAGAUCGCCCAUCUGGACGAGCUCAUCCGCACUUUCACUUUCACGAGCAACUACACCGACUACAGUUACAGCCACGUCUGCCAAACAUGGCUCCACGCCUGCCAUGACAACGUGCUCAUGUCGAUCCUACGGCAUCAAGUCGAAGCGAUGGACCAUAUCAACUUGACCUUCCCCUUCCUGCCGUUGCCCCCGCCCCACGAGGGGAGGGUGUUCGUCGGUAGCCAGCUGGGAGGGGUCGACCUGUACCCCAAGACGGAUGUCAUCAAGAUGGCGAGAGCCAUGCUGCUCAUUUAUAGCGUUACCAGGGAAACCCGUGAAGCGGAGGAGCUGGCGUACGAAUGGGAGGAGCAUUUCAUCCAGGAGGUUGAUAAAUUCGCCGAAUCAGCCGAGCACAUUGUGAUAUCGUACGAGACUAGCUUCGGGCUCGCGGACGAGAUCGGCGAGGCGAGCAAGCGCGUCAUCCCCCUCUUCGUUGCGACGUUCUGCAUGCUGGUCAUCUUCGCGGUCGGGUCAUGCAUCAUGCGAGAUUGGGUGCAGUCGAAGCCGUGGUUGGGUCUGAUCGGGGUCCUGUCGGCGUCGUUGGCCAUCGUCUCGUCGAUCGGGUUCCUGAGCUACUGCCGUGUCGAGUUCAACGAGCUCGUCUCUCUCAUGCCUUUCCUCAUCAUCGGUGUCGGAGUCGACAACAUGUUCAUCAUGAUCGCUGGCUGGCGUCAGCUCAGCAUCUACCUACCCGUUCACGAGCGCAUGGGCAAGACCUACUCCGAGGCCGCCGUCUCCAUCACCAUCACCAACCUCACCACCAUCCUCGCCUUCAUCAUCGGCGCUUCCAUCUCCCUACCAGCCAUCCGCGCCUUCUGCAUCUACGCCGGAGUGGCCAUGUUCUUCGCCUACUUCUACCAGAUCACCUUCUUCGGCGCUUGCAUGGCGUUCACCGGCGAACGCGAGGCGAAGAACCUUCACUGCUACACGUGCAAGAAGGUAGUGUCCAAGGACGAGUCGCCCAACAAGUUGUACAUGAUCUUCUGCGCCGGUGGCGUGCCGCAACAGGACUCGAAGUGCAGGAAGCCCGAAGGCCACAUCAUCCACCCGGUCAUGGUAUUGUUCAGGGACUACUACGGUCCGUUCCUGAUGAGGAAAUGGGUAAAGCUGGUCGCGAUGGGGUUGUUCAUUGCUUACCUCGGUGGCGCUAUCUAUGGCUGCAUGAACAUUGAUCAAGGGUUGAAACUACGGAACUUGGCCAGAGACGGCUCCCCAACAUGGCGAUUCUACAAGGAAUACGAAGACUACUUCAGCGAUUAUGGCCCAGUCGUAAGUGUAGGGGUGACAGAACAAGUAGAUUAUUGGAAUCAGUCUGCGCAGGACUCGCUGAACGAAACCCUCGCUGAAAUUGAAGGGACGCAUCUCUUUCACGGCAGCGAGAUUAGCGUUUCCUGGCUGCGCGUUUACUCUCAGUACCUCAAAGCAAUCUUCCAAACAAGCGAAGUCGAUAAGGACACCUUCCUGACGAUACUCCAACACAGGUUUUUGAAGGAUUAUCGCUUCAAGCAAUUCGAACUCGACAUCGCGUUUGAAUACGCCGCGGACAACAUCACCGCGGUCGACAUCAAAGCGUCAAGGUUCUUGGUGACGUCACGCAACAUGCAAAGCGCCAUGCAAAAAAGAGACAUGAUGUUGGAGGUCCGCGAAAUCGCCAUCGAAUCCUCCUUUAACAUCAUCACCUUUCAUCCGAUGUUCGUGGUAUACGACCAGUACGUCGGAACGAUACCGAACUUGUUUCAGACGCUGGGGAUAGCGAUGGCGUGCAUGAUGAUGGUGUCUUUGAUCAUGAUCCCGCAUCCCAUCUGCGCCAUCUUCGUCACGACCUGCGCCAUCAGUAUCGACGCCGCCGUCAUCGGGUACAUGUCGCUCUGGGGCGUCAGCCUCGAUACCGUCUCCGUCAUCAACAUCAUCCUCUGUAUCGGGUUCAGUGUCGACUUCUCCGCCCACAUCACGUACUCGUUCGUCUCCGCGCCCGACGAGGAGCCGAACAAACGCGCCAUCGCUGCACUCUUCGCAGUCGGCAUGCCAAUCGCCCAGGGCGCCCUCUCAUCGAUGAUCGCCUUGAGCCCCCUCGCAACAGCUCCCACCUACCUCUUCAGGACAUUCUUCAAAACCCUUUUCCUAGCCAUGUCCUUUGGGGCACUCCACGGCCUCGUCUUCUUACCUGUUAUCCUCUCCUUCCUCGGGAACAUCAUCCCCCGAAAGCACGCGAGAGAAGAAGAAGUAGAAGUGGAAAAGAAAGACAUUGAUCAAUGCAAUAUUUACAUCAAUUACAUGUUAGAACCUCCCGUUAUAGCUGCAGCUCCCGAUAAUGAAUUCUAUGUCGUCGAAACAAAAAUCAGCACGGUAUGACGAAAGCACCACUUCCAUCAGACACCAACGCUAUAGUGACUGCUGUUCGAAGUGGUAUAUUCAACACUCUAACUCCAAGUGCCUCUAUAUAUUUUUUCAUUAUGACAUAAAAGAGAAAAUGGCGAUAUGGUUGUUAGAAUUUUUGUUGUUGUUAACAAUGCAAUAACUAUGAAUAUAUCCAAUGUGCUACCGUGAUCGGAGAUGGGUUUCGAUCAAACAUCGUAGCCAUUCUUGUAGGUGCCGUAAAGACAGCUUGUCAUAAUAAUGGCCUAGCUAUAAUUGGACAGUUUUUCACAGGUCUUCGGCAUUCGUAUCAGAUGCUGUCUUUCAGACCUUUGGGCAGUCCGAACUUUCGGAAAACUUCGGAACACUUCGGAAUCACGACCAUCAGAAGUUAAUUUGACAUUGACUGGCUGUCUUAAGUAGACCGAAUGGUUUAUCGCAAUGUGUCAUUAUAACCGACGCAUGUUUCAAUCGAGACCAUGGUCUAAUGCAACCGAGACCUGCAUACAAUAAUAAUUAUGCGAUAUUAUGUGUGUAAUGUUUUCGAAAGGAUAUCGUGGAAUGGGACAAAGAUGCGCUUCACGUUGCGUCUUUGUGAAUGGCCUUUAGGUCAAGUUGAAAGGCUCCAUACAAGUGACCUUUCAAAGUGUUUGGUAUCAAAAUGUGCAGGUUUGUGUGCAUUUGGGUCUCUAUAUAAAAUCUGAAUAAAUUAGGGUCCGGAAUUUACAUCUAGUAAGACCCAUUCAAUCGGACCUCUGUUACAGUCAAACGCUGUAUAUCGUGACGUCAUAAUGCCAAUGUUGGAAACUUUUAAUGUGAGUCAGGUGUUCUACCAAGUCUGCCAAUUCCAAAAUGCUGCUUUUCAUUAAUAACUGUGAUCAUCACAUCACAUCCAUAAUCUAGAGUAAGAUGCAUCUACAUUCAAUCGGGGUUUCACUAGUAGUUGUGCCCCAUACCUUCGCUCAAAUUUUCAGUCGACAAACUCACCAAAUCUUGUCGGACUUCUCGGCAAAUUUCACGAUUAAAAGGUUAUCCUUGUCGGCAAAUUUCAAGUUAUGGACUCUGCC